CGCCCACUGGGAGGAAGCGCGGAGUUUACUGAUGGAGGUGCUUGGAAGAGCUGAGAGCAGGCAGCGCCUGGGGCGGAAGGGCCGUGCGCAGCAGGAGCAGCAGCAGCAGGAGCAGCAGCAGCAGCAGCAGCAGCAGCAGCGAGUUGAGUUGAGGAAGUGCAAGGCUCGGGUCCCAGGAUGGAGGAGUGAAGUCUUGCCCUACCGCCUGCGGUUCCAGCCUCCGGAGCCGGCCUGAAGCCCAGUCCCCGAGAGCGCCCUGACGGAGCAGGGUGGCCGCCAGGUCCAGGAAUGUUUACCCUCGCAGAAGUUGCUUCACUUAAUGACAUUCAGCCAACUUACCGAAUCCUGAAACCAUGGUGGGAUGUGUUUAUGGAUUACCUGGCUGUUGUUAUGUUGAUGGUAGCCAUCUUUGCAGGAACCAUGCAACUUACCAAAGAUCAGGUGGUCUGCUUGCCAGUUUUGCCAUCUCCUGUAAAUUCAAAGGCACACAUGCCACCAGGAAACACAGAUGUCACCUCCGAAAUCCCGAAGAUGGCAGCCACUAACCAAGGCCAAGACAGGCGGAUAACAAACGACAUUUCCUUUGGUACAUCUGCUGUGACACCUGACAUACCUCUCAGAGCCACAUAUCCUCACCCAGAUUCCACAGUUCCAAGUCAGGAGGCGAGGAAAGAGAAGAAAGAUCCAACAGGUCGAAAAACAAACUUGGAUUUUCAGCAAUAUGUGUUUAUCAAUCAGAUGUGUUACCAUCUGGCCCUUCCAUGGUAUUCUAAAUACUUUCCAUACCUUGCUCUUAUCCAUACUAUUAUUCUCAUGGUCAGUAGCAACUUUUGGUUCAAAUAUCCCAAAACAUGCUCAAAAGUAGAACAUUUUGUUUCAAUAUUAGGAAAGUGUUUUGAAUCUCCUUGGACUACUAAAGCAUUGUCUGAGACCGCAUGUGAAGACUCAGAGGAAAACAAACAGAGAAUAACGGGUGCCCAGACUCUACCAAAGCAUGUGUCUACCAGCAGUGAUGAGGGGAGCCCCAGCGCCAGUACCCCAAUGAUCAACAAAACUGGCUUCAAGUUCUCAGCUGAAAAGCCUGUGAUAGAAGUCCCCAGCAUGACGAUCCUGGACAAAAAAGAUGGGGAACAGGCAAAAGCCCUUUUUGAGAAAGUCAGGAAGUUCCGUGCUCAUGUAGAAGACAGUGACUUGAUCUAUAAACUCUAUGUGGUCCAAACAGUUAUCAAAACAGCCAAGUUCAUUUUCAUUCUCUGCUACACUGCAAACUUUGUCAAUGCAAUCAGCUUUGAGCAUGUCUGCAAGCCCAAAGUUGAGCACCUGACUGGCUAUGAGGUAUUUGAGUGUACCCACAACAUGGCUUACAUGUUGAAAAAGCUUCUCAUCAGUUAUAUUUCCAUUAUUUGUGUUUAUGGUUUUAUCUGCCUCUACACUCUGUUCUGGUUAUUCAGGAUACCUCUGAAAGAAUAUUCUUUUGAAAAAGUCAGAGAAGAGAGCAGUUUCAGUGACAUUCCAGAUGUCAAAAAUGAUUUUGCGUUCCUUCUACACAUGGUAGACCAGUAUGACCAGCUGUAUUCCAAGCGUUUUGGUGUGUUCUUGUCAGAAGUCAGUGAAAACAAACUUAGGGAAAUUAGUCUGAACCAUGAGUGGACAUUUGAAAAACUCAGGCAGCAUGUGUCACGCAAUGCCCAGGACAAACAGGAGUUGCACCUGUUCAUGUUGUCAGGAGUGCCUGAUGCUGUCUUUGACCUCACAGACUUGGAUGUGCUAAAACUUGAACUGAUUCCAGAAGCUAAAAUUCCUGCUAAGAUUUCUCAAAUGACUAACCUCCAAGAGCUCCACCUCUGCCACUGCCCUGCAAAAGUUGAACAGACUGCUUUUAGCUUUCUCCGAGAUCACUUGAAAUGCCUUCAUGUGAAGUUCACCGAUGUGGCUGAAAUUCCUGCCUGGGUGUAUUUGCUCAAAAACCUUCGAGAGUUGUACUUGAUAGGCAAUUUGAACUCAGAAAACAAUAAGAUGAUAGGACUUGAAUCUCUCCGAGAGUUGCGGCACCUUAAGAUUCUCCAUGUGAAAAGCAAUCUGACCAAAGUUCCCUCCAACAUUACAGAUGUGGCUCCACAUCUUACAAAGUUAGUCAUUCAUAAUGACGGCACUAAACUCUUGGUACUGAACAGCCUUAAGAAAAUGAUGAAUGUCGCUGAGCUGGAACUCCAGAACUGUGAACUAGAGAGAAUCCCCCAUGCUAUUUUUAGCCUCUCUAAUUUACAAGAAUUGGAUUUAAAGUCGAAUAACAUACGCACAAUUGAGGAGAUCAUCAGUUUCCAGCAUUUAAAACGACUGACUUGUUUAAAAUUAUGGCAUAAUAAAAUUGUUACCAUUCCUCCCUCCAUUACCCAUGUCAAAAACUUGGAGUCUCUUUAUUUCUCCAACAACAAGCUCGAAUCUUUACCAGUGGCAGUAUUUAGUUUACAGAAACUCAGAUGCUUAGAUGUAAGCUACAACAACAUUUCAAUGAUUCCAAUAGAAAUAGGAUUGCUUCAGAACCUGCAGCAUUUGCAUAUCACUGGGAACAAAGUGGACAUUCUGCCAAAACAAUUGUUUAAAUGCAUGAAGUUAAGGACUUUGAAUAUGGGGCAAAACUGCAUCACCUCCCUCCCAGAAAAAAUUGGUCAGCUCUCCCAGCUUACUCAGCUGGAGCUGAAGGGAAACUGCUUGGACCGCUUGCCAGCCCAGCUGGGCCAGUGUCGAAUGCUCAAGAAAAGCGGUCUUGUUGUAGAAGAUCACCUUUUUGACACCCUGCCACUAGAAAUCAAAGAAGCAUUGAAUCAAGACAUAAAUGUUCCCUUUGCAAAUGGGAUUUAAACUGAGAUAAUAUGUGCACAUCCCUGUGCAGGAACAACUUCCUAGAUUGCAUAUGCUCACGUACAAGUUAUUGCAACAUAAUGCAUUUUAGAAGUAGAUAUAUCUUUUAAAAUAAAACACAGCGAGGAUGCAUAGAAGGCUGAUUGAUAGAAGACAUAACUGAAUGUUCAUGUUUGUAGUGUUUGAAGUCAUUCAUUUCCAAAUCUUUUUUCUUUCUUUGCCAUUUUUUCUUUCUAUACAUUUUUUUCUCCUGGGGGAAAAAGAAGGAAAAUGAUAAUCACUAAUCUUGAUUCUUUUUAAAUUGUUUGUAACUUGGAUGCUGCCGCUACUGAAUGUUUACAAAUUGCUUGCCUGCUAAACUAAAUGAUUAAAUUGACUUUUUCUUACUAUAUUACCUUUUUUGAGAUGUUGUGAUUUAUUCUGCUUAACUAGUCCAAUAUUAACUCAGAUCACUAAAGACACAUCAAGUCCUCACUCAUAAAUUUAGAUUUGCUGCAAAAUUGACUCCUUUGCUGUUUUAUUUAAAGCACUUCACAUAAGCACAUUUGACAAGUGCUGCUGCUUGUCAGAUGAGGAUAGGAUACCAUUUUGUACAGUUUUACACUCUGGAAGGUCUUGAAUACAGUAAAAAUGUGUAGAUUGUUCAGUUUCUGUUUUACUUUAUAAGGAAAAAAUAAAACAAUAUGUCUCUAAAUAGCUUUUCCCCCAUGGGCUGGAUUUCUGAAUAUAUGGUAUACUUUUGUAUCAGUACUAUAGGAUUACCAAUAAUUGGAAAACAUUUUUUAAAUAAAUUUAAUUAGGACCAAACUAAUUUUUUAGUGACUUGGUGAUUUACAACUUUCCAGUGUCACCAUUGAGACACUAACACAAAAUCAAGGCAAUAAUCACUUUAAUUUCCUACCCUUUUCAUGGUGGUAAAAAAAAAAAGAAAAGGAAUAGGACUUGUAUAGUUCAGUGAGUUGGAAAACUGUUUUCCUAUUCAUUUUAGUGACAAGCUGUAUUUCCUGUGUUUGUCUAUGGCUGGAGAGGUCAUGUCCAGGGAAAUGCUGGCAGAAUAUACUUUUUUAGAUUAUGGUUUUCUCUUACAAACAAUGUCUAAAUCAGUCUCAGAAAAAAUUAAAAAAUUCCUUAUCCCCAAUCUAUCUGGCAGAUGUUUCAUGGGCCUUCUACAGAAGUGUGUUUUCAAGAGAAGAAAGCUGUUUAGUACCCUGAAUGACCAAGUAGUAUCUUUCUACAACAGUGGACAUCCUCUUGUCCUUCCUAAGCACAGUUUGAAGGAUUAUGCAUGGACUAUAGAGAGAAGGGCACAUUUCCUUGCUUACCUCCCAAAAAUUCAAUUCUUGGAAGUAUUGGCCUGUGGCCAGUGCAAGUGAGUCUUUACCUGCUGAAGAACUUGUAAAUACUCUAAGAAGUAUUGUCACUGAUUAGAAAUGCUUCUACCACUGUUAACUGAAGUAAGAACUGACUCUUAACUCUCCCAGCCUGGUAUUCCAUCCCUCCCUAAAAGGCUUGAGGUUAGAGAUUGGCUUUAUAAAAGCCCAUGUUAGGAAAAGCAGGUCCAGGACAGUGGUGAAUUGGGGGCACAAGUAAAUCCUCUCCCAUUUACAUAUCUUCCAGUUCUCUGAGCAUUUAUUAGUGUAUUCACUAGUGUGGAUUAUGCACCUGCUUUGUGCCUAGCCAGUGCAAGAAAUGGGAUUUUGUGUUGAAGUAAGUCACAGGCCCCUGCUGCAAGAAGCUGUAUAGUCAGGUAGAGGAUAUGCACAUAAUGGAAAUGAUUUACAGUUGUAAUAUAGAAAGUGCACAGAACCUAUUUAUGUGAAUGAGCAGUGGCUGGAGUGGGGUGAACUUAGGUAAAGAGGAGCUUCAGGGAGGUAUGUACCAAAAACUGCCUGACAACACUCACUCCUGGUCAUUUCCCUCCCAUCACCCACAUAAGGUGCUGUUCUCCCUGCUGAAAGACACCAACACCUGAAACUGUCAUGACACUAUUAGAAGGAUGCCCCAUUGUCUUAAUUAUGAAAUCAACAGUCAAGAUCUGACUUUUCUCUUAAAUUGCUUUUGUUUCUUACAUCACUUCGUUGGAUGACUGGUAGAGCAUGUGCUUAGUAUGCACGAGGCCCUAGGUUCAAUCCCCAGCAUCAAAAAAUAAAUAUUUUUAAAAAGCAUUGCACUGAAGUAUGAUUGGUAUGUAAAAAACCAUAUAUACCAAAAAUUUAUACAUCUUAAUGAUUUUUCUGUCUCUGAAAACAAGUGCAUGUUUUUGAAGGGCAGAAGUGACAAGAGUGUUGUGGCUCACACUGCUUUUCAGAGAAAAAACCAUACUACAAAGGCUGGAAUCUGCAUUACUCUCAAAAGCUUGGCCUCUGGCAGCUCUGUUCCCAUAGGCACCUGGUUUUUAAUCAGUAUUGUGGUUUAGUCUCUUAAAACUGAUUAGUGUUAGAUGCCUUCAAACAGUAUCAAAGGGUAGGUACCUUUUCUCUUCCCAGUUUAUUUACUUUAUCAGCCCUCUAUAAUGUCCCAGAAUUCUGAAAAGUUUAUGGUCAGUUGAUUUAUAUGCCCCAUUCAGUGCCACUGUUGGUAAGUAGCAAUAUUCUAAAAAUUCAGUUUUCUGAGAAAUUUAUUCAUGAAAUAGUCUUGAAAUACCCUGGUUCUUGGGGUCUCUGCACAACAGCUGAGAAUAUUGCAGGCUCAAGUAUUUUGUCAACUUAUGUGUCCUCAUGUAUGUUGGUAUCACAAGCACUAGUCCUGCGGGCAAAACAAAAUAUAUUAGUUUGGUAAAUAACAGUAUUUUCAUCUCUUUGUCUAAAGUCCCUUGAACACCCAUUUUAAAAACACCUAAAUAUUCCAUGUUUGGAUGAGACCCACAAAAUCAGAGAACCAGGUUUUAUUGUGGCUUUUGACUUUUUUCACUAGAGUUCAGCUGGCUUUGGAGACUGGAAGAUUUGGAGCAACGAAACUGAUCUUUUCAGGGAUUCUGUUCUUAGUAGUGGAGAUUUAGCAAAUUGUGAAUAGGAAGAUUUCACUCUGUAUAACUUCUGGCCACUAGGUCCUGAAAUUUGUCUUGUGUAAGGCGAGGUCUCUCUGUUCUCUACAUCAGCCAGUUAUCAAACUAAGUUGCUAAUAGCAGCAACCAAAGUGCCCUUGAGACCAAUGCCUAAGAGUUAUUUCCAUUCACCUUGCUGAAUAAAAGCCAGAGUGCUGUCCUCUUUGCAGAGAUUUCUGGCAGUGCUUACGUCAGUAAUUCAUUCUAAUAAAAUGGUCCCUUUAUUAACUGAAUCCCCAAACAAAGACUGCUAACAAAAAGCCCCUUUCAUGAAGAAAGGGGAUAAAAAGAACAAACCCUUGGAAACAAGUUCCCAAAUGUCCUGUAACAUUUGACUGUGACACAAAGUAGCUCCAUCUGGUCCCGGCCAGCUGUGACUGCUAAGACAAGGGCGCCAGGCAUUGAGAAGUAGUUACUGGAGUAAGAGUAAAAGAGUAGUCUAAUAGGAACCAGCACAUCUCGAGUCUGGCCAAACCAGCAGUGAGGGUCAGACAACUGUAUUUGGGAAUGAGUUGCUUUGCUCUCAAAUCUUAAAACCCAAAAGCGGAUGUUCUUCAGUUUGUGUGUGUCUGUGUGCCCCCUGGGGUUCAAACCCAUGACCUUAUGCCUGCUAAAUGAGCUGUCAUCACUGAGCUACAUCCCAACCCCUUUUACUUUUUGACUCAAAAUAAAAUAUAUAAUUAUCACUGUUCUUAUGAAAAUUAAUAGAUUAUUUGCUAUGAGUUGAUCCUGGAAGUUUGUCUCCUAGUCACAUUUUUUCACCCCCCCACACACAAAGACUUAUGGGAUUCCUGUGGUAGAAACUGCUCCAUUCCUGUCUGCUGUCAUUAGCAGUUGUCCUCCUUUACUCCUAGGAUUGAUCCCAGGCUCUGGAAUGAGAGGCUGGAUUUGAACCCUUAUCUGCUUAACUUGUCAGUAAGCUACUUCACCUCUCAGGCCUUUAUUAAUAUUACAAAAUGGUAGUGACUAUGGGUUUUGGUUGUAGGAGGGUUUGCGGGGAGGAGGGGACUCGUGGGGUUUUUUUGUUGUUGUUAUUUUAUAAAAAUUGAAUGAGGUGUUAAUACUUGACUAUAAUAGUAUUAGCCUUCCCUAACAUGUAUACCUUCUUUCCUUGGUAGUGGAAUGUUCAGUAGGUAUCUGAAACACAAUAAAAUGUAUACAAAAUAAAACAUUUCUGAAUUUUGUUUGUGGCUAGACGUGGCCAGUGAUUGAAUUCUAGCUGAGUGGUAAUGAAGUUAAAUGUGCUGUUAGUAGAUUGGACUCUUACAUAGAAGGGCUCCCCACUGCAUUCUCCCUAUUUCUCCUGCUUAAACCUCAGCUGUGAAAAGGGGUCUAGCUUAGACUGUGCAGACCAGAGAUUACAUAAAAGGGACAUAAACUGUUGUUUAAGGCACUGUUAGGAAGCACUGAUACAUGGAAGAUCUCACUACUCAAAACAGCUUUACUUGGGAGCUUGUUAGAAACAAAAAUCUCAGAUUCCUCCCCAGACUGAUAUAUUUUAGCAAAAUUAUAUCCAUGUGAUUUUUUAAUGCUGCUUAAUGUUUUGAGGAUUAGCAUAUAUAGAGAGGAAAUUGUGAGUAACUCAAUAAAUUUUUGCAUAGUGAGCAAAAACAUGUAACCUCCAUCCUGAUUAAGAAAUAAAACAUUACUAAAAUUCCAGAAGCAGCCCUUGUACCCCAGCUAGUUAUGACAUUCUUACCUCAAAGGAGACCAUAAUUUUUACUUCUAAUGCUAUAGGUUACUGUAAUUUAUUUGUAAGUUUUAUGUGAAAUUAUACAGAUUGUUAUUUUGAGUCUGA